AAUGUUUUCCGCGCAAAAAGAAAAUUCGGGAAAAUUGGAGAAUUUCUCUAAACAGCCGCCGUGGCAACCGAGAAAACCCGGACGACCUCGCCAGGAAACGCUGAAGCAAGACGAGAAUAAGUUCUCGUGUCCGAUUUGCAAGUACGAGCUGGUCGACAUGAUCUCGCUGGAGCGGCACCAAGAAAAGCAUGAGCCACCGGGAGGAUUCCUGUGUUCCGUGUGCGAGGCACCGUUCACGACGCCCCAGGAGAGGAAUGAACAUAAAAGCCUGGCCCAUCCCGUGCAUCGGUGUCGUCUAUGCAGGAAAUGCUUUUACGAUGAGGCCCAAUUCGAAGAGCACCAUAAAUCGGAGCAUGCAAAACCACCGGAAGGAACUCCUCGUUGCUCCAAUUGUGGAACCUAUUUCGAGAAAGAUGAAACAUUACGAGCUCACCUGAAAUCCAAGUGGUGCAUGAAGAAGAAUUACCAGUGCGAUAUCUGCCAGCGGUACUACACUUCGGAAGCCUCUUUGAGUGUGCACCGAGGACUACACAAUACUACGAAGAGCCAUGUUUGUAGUACCUGUGGAGCCAGUUUCUACUACCGUGGACAGCUGAAGGCGCAUGAACGGGUGCACAACGGCGAUAAACCCUUCAAAUGCGAUAAAUGCGACAAAGCAUUCGCUCACCGCGAAAGUCUUGUAACGCAUUCCAGCGUGCACAGUGGCAUCAGACAGUACGUGUGUGAGCAUUGUAACGAUCGAUUUUCGUGUAAGGGCAACCUGAUCAAACAUCUUAAACGCAGAGCUCUAACCUGUGGAAAGAGGGAACGUGAAAUCAACCCCGUUCCAGAUAACGCUGAGGGUAUACGAAGUGUCCCGGUAGAGGUGGACGAUAGGAUUGAUGGCCAAACGGAGCAUUUCAAGGUGCUGGAAGCUUCCGGAUCUGAAAUUGAGCACACGGAGCACCUUCGGGCGAGUGAAGGAAAAACGGAAAUUACACCUCCGAGAGAGAAAGUAAUUCUAUUGGAAGUAAGUCUCGGUGUGAAUGCCCCGUUUCCAGGGGAUCAACAUGAAAUGGAAGAUACUAUAAAGGACGACGACAACGAGCAGUUUCUUCUUGACGAUGAUAUUCCUGAUACGAACGUGAUACAAGUCGAGAACGAGAUUGAGGUGCAAGACGGCGAAGAUUCAUACGUUUGUGUGAUCGUGGACGAUGGCAACGAAACGAUUGGAAAUAACACAGAGCUACACCAUUGGUACACGAUCGUCGCUUCGGGGACUGAAACGCUAGUUAAACCAUGUCUUCCUGCAAAGGAGGAAGCAAUGAAAAAUCAGUUGUCGACAACGCCGAAUGUACCUACAGCAGCGAAGGAAGCGCUUGCCAGUGCCAAACCGACGGAUUAUAAACGGAAGGAUUGGGACAGUGAUUCCAUUUCAUCCCUCGAAGACUUUUGGUGCGAAAAGAAUGUUGCAACUGCAACCAAAAAAUCACAACCAAAGUCGAAGAAAAAGUCAGAGCUAACGUCUAACAGUAACUUGGGGGAUGAAGCUUCUAUAGAGAACGCACAAUCUGUUCAGCAAGUAAUCCGAAAGAGGUGGAGGCCGAGGAAACCGGCUGGAGCGGAGAUUACUCAAGCAGAGAUCGAUGAAAUGACGUAUCAUCCAGAAGUGGAAGAGCUGGAGAAACAGGUACAGGCUUUGAAGGAAAACUAUAAGAAAGUAAGCGAAAUUGAUUAUCAGUGCAAUCUGUGCCCAAAGCAGCAUGCUAGCGAAACUACGGUCGUUCGGCAUCUCGAGAAAAUGCACGGUAUUGAAAUGCUUGAGACUAUGAAACUGCUGCAGCACUUGAAAAAGCGUGCUUACCCGCCGAAACUGUAUCGCUGCAAGUACUGCGCGAAGAUAUACAAAAACUGGACGAGUUUGAUAGUGCAUAAGGAGCUUCACGGACCGGACGGUACAUUGCUGCACAAGUGUUGCUGCUGCAACACGUUCUUCGCGACGAAAGAAGAGAGCCGUCAGCAUGAGUUGGCUACGCACCGUGAUAAACUGGAGUGCACCAUUUGCCAAAAAACCUAUCUCGAUCCAGAGUCCUUAGUUGGUCACACUCGUUAUAUGCAUCUUGGGGACAAAGAGAGAAUGCGUUCAUUGUAUGUAUGCCUGCGGUGCGGUAAGCAGUUUUCUAAGCGCGCCACACUGACCGACCACGAACGAUCGAACUGUGGAGAAUCGCCGGUUUAUAAAUGUGAUGAGUGUGGUAAACGUUAUUUGUGGUACAGUGGAUUGAAGUCACACAUGGAGGUGCACAAAGGUCAGUUUCGUCAUGAGUGUGGCUAUUGCACGAAACGUUAUCCUACCAGGUGCCAGCUUAAAGUUCACGAGCGAAGUCAUACGGGCGAAAAACCUUUCCGCUGUGAGUACUGUCCGAAGGCGUUCCCAUACCGGGAGUCGCUUAUGGCGCACCGCGCGAAGCAUACCGGUAUUAAGCCGUUCCAGUGUGCGGACUGUGGUAAAGCCUUUUAUUGCUCCAGCCUUCUAAAAGUGCAUCGUCGCAGAAGACAUGGGAGCGAGACAUAAAAAGAAAGACCUUUUUUUGCACUUACAAUAAAAUGUAACUUUAUUCAACAAUAUUUGAAUAGCACGGAUUUUCGUGUUAUCA